AUGGAGAUGCCUUCGGAAUCAUACCUCGAGCCGGACUACUUUGUGGGUGACGUGAAUGCUACCAACUUCACACUCUGCGACGAUACUUCCGAACUUCGUAUCGCUUUCAUCAGUAUCGGAUCUUGUUUGUCGGUGUUGGGAUGUAUGUUCAAUGGGAUUUUGCUCUACAUAUUUCUCGGAAAGACUCAACGGAGUUACCCUUUCCAAACGUUUUUGGCGUUUCUCGACUUCAUGCUCUGUGCACUUUAUAUCCAUUGUUUUGGGCUUCUAGCCCUUUCUGUCGAAUAUAAAAAUGCAUUGCUAUACAAUUUCGUUAUGGACAGCAAUGUGAUCUCAUUAGUGAUGAGUCGAAUCGUUCAAUUAGCAAUUCCAUAUACUCUCAUUGCAAAUUCUGCCGAGAAGCUGACCAUGAUCUUGGGAUUCGAUUGCGAGAGCAAAUACUCUUUGCGUCUUCGUAUCGGGGUCAUAAUUCUAUUGUCGGCAACUGUAACGCUUUUACGGAUCAAUGGGCUCUACUUGUUCUAUAUCUUUGAGGAUGACAACUGUGAAUAUUUCCACAGAAAAUACUUGAGUUCACAUCAAGAGGAAGUACAGAAAUGGACUACUUUUGAGAACGUUCUUACGUUCUUCCACACUUUCGUUUCAUUCGUUCUUCUCGUUGCGUUCAAUAUUGUCGUGGUGGCAAAACUACGUGUUCAACACCGCAGAACUCGCCGUCAAUCCACUUCUCCAGCUCAACUGUUUUCGGGUAACGAAGCACGUAUUGAAAUGCAACAAGAAGAAGUUCCCCAGAUUGAGAUGUCAACCACCGCCCGUGUUCAAGCCGCCCAAGAAAUCCGUGAGCAGCAACACAAAAUUCGUUGCGCAGUCAAAACCACAGUAGUUAUCAUUUCUGCAUAUCUGGCUUGUAAUCUCUGCAACUUCGUUCUCUACAGUUUGGAGACCUUCCGACGAGAAUGGAUCAUGGAGGGAAAUGGAGGCUUCAAACCGUUUUACGUAAUCAUAAGUGAUGUUGGAUCCAAUCUUUUUGUAUUCUCGUCCACAAUCAGAAUCUUCAUCUACUACAAAUACAACGCUGAAAUCAAAAAACUCAUCAGAGAGAUGUGGCUGGUCAACUUCAUCAUUACACAUAUUCGCCCUCUCAAAACCGAUGCACUUCUUAAAAUUGAUAGAGCCGAUGUUUGA